AUGACCUCGAAACUGUCUGCAAUGUUUUUCCCGGGCGACGAUCCGAAGAAAGAGGAAGAAGGUACUGAGGACUCGGAUGCACAAAAGUCAGAGCAGGCGGCUGAUGUGGGGGUUCUAGAUACAAGUGAAAGCCAGGCCGAAAAUCCCGAGAGACGAGAGACCGCAGACUCUUCCCAACCCAACGUGCGAUUCGCUUCGGAAAAUGAGGAGAUAGACCCGGUCGAUGAGAGCAGGCGGAAAGUGCCUCAAACAGGCGACCACAGAGACGACGACCUCAGUCCCGAGGCGCAACAGCAAAUCAGAAGCCUGGCCACAUCUCUCCAGAAGUCGAAGUUACAGGAGAACAGAAUGGCCAAUUUCGCCUAUGAGGCCGUCUCGAUGCCGCCCUCACGAGUCCCGUCGCGAGACAGUGAUGCGCCUGACACUCCACGUAGUUCAAUACGACAUGGGCAGGGUUCCAUAUCCUCUGCUUUUCAGUCUCCUCCAUUGACACCACACGGCUCGAAAGAUAGUCGAGCUGACACCACCGCAUCUGGUCGUGGCCAGCAUGCCUCAUCCAACGCCAUCACUCCGCAAACUUCUCCUCCUCCCGACGCUCAUGGUCGAGCUCUUUCUCAAUCGUUAUCGCCGACACAGUCUGUGUCGAGACCGUCAUCCUCCGAACAACAGACCUCAAAUCCUGAAAUCAGGCAUCACAAAGUGGUACCUAAAUUCGAAAUUGGGCCCUCAGAGUCCGCCAGCCCAACAGACCAAAGCCCUGUUGGGACUCCGCGGCUUCGGCCAUCGUCCACCCCACCAGAAAUCAAACCACCCCAACCCAAGAGCGAAUUGCCGCAAUCGAAAGCAGGACUAUCGGAUCACAGGCAUUUCGGAAGCACAGGCAAGAAUUCUCUUGCCCCAGCUAUUGCAGCAGCAGCAGAACGGAUACCUCGGGCGGGCAGCAGUAGUGACAUUGUCGGGGACAAACGGACCUCGAUUUUCGGGACCAAGAAAGACCCCUACUCUCAUCUCAGUGACGCUGCAAGUGAGAAAGGUGGCUUGGAGAAGAAACACGGUUCAAUGUCUGAACUGAAGCGGUUUUUCAGAAUCGGCGGGCACAGCCAUAAGCACAAGGGUCACCAUGGCACUCCCCGAGAUCAGUCUCCAUCCUCGGUUCCAGCUUCCCGGAAACCGACAUCGACGAAGACUGGCACACGGACACCUCCACAUCAAGCACCUCCUGUGAACGUUCCCUUCAUGGACGAGCAUAGCCUGGAGGCCAGGUACGGAAAAUUCGGCAAAGUGCUAGGGUCUGGUGCUGGGGGCUCCGUCCGAUUACUUAAACGGAGCAGCGAUGGCGUGACUUUUGCUGUCAAACAAUUCCGAGACAGACACUCGUGGGAGAGUGAAAAGGACUACAACAAGAAGGUCACCGCUGAAUUCUGCAUCGGAUCCACAUUGCAUCAUGGCAACAUCAUCGAGACCAUGGACAUUAUCCACGAAAACAACCGCUGGUACGAGGUGAUGGAGUACGCCCCUUACGACUUGUUUGCGAUUGUCAUGACGGGAAAAAUGUCAAGAGAAGAAAUUGCUUGUGCGUUCCUCCAGAUCGUCAACGGUGUGAGCUAUCUACACAGCAUGGGCUUGGCACAUCGUGAUCUGAAGCUGGAUAACGUGGUGGUGAGUGAGCAUGGGAUCAUGAAGUUGAUCGACUUCGGUAGUGCAACCGUGUUCAGAUAUCCGUUCGAGAACGAGAUUGUCCUUGCUUCAGGCAUCGUCGGAUCAGAUCCGUAUCUUGCCCCCGAGGUGUAUGAGGAGAAAAAGUACGAUCCGACCGCCACCGACAUCUGGUCUCUCGCCAUCAUCUUCUGUUGUAUGUCAUUACGAAGGUUUCCGUGGAAGCAGCCGAGACUAGUCGACAACUCAUACCGGUUAUUCGUUGCUACACCUACUCCGGGCACGCCUGUCCCCGACUCCAAACCUCGGAAGUCCUCGCGCCUGAUCACAGAACACGACGAAGGGUCGCGACGUCCAUCAGAAGCCAACGACAGUUCUUCGUCGCAUCAUCAUCAACAUAGUUCGGAGAAUACAUCAACCGAAACCCGACCUUCAACUUCGGGGGGCGAUAAACAAGAAGUCAUCAAGGGUCCUUGGCGACUGCUUCGCAUCCUCCCUCGGGAGAGUCGACAUAUUAUUGGCCGGAUGCUCAAGGUCGAUCCUGCGGAACGUGCCACCAUGGACGAAGUGCUGGAGGACGACUGGGUGCUGAGCUCACAGGUGUGUUAUCAAGAGGAGACCGGGGUUGUUCAUCGUGCACAAAACCACACCCACAUUCUGGAAGCCGGAUCAGGGGGGCCUCCGCCUGCCAAGGUGUAG